CCCCAGGCCGGCGCGGCAGCUGGACGCAGAGGAGGACACGGAGGAGGAGGAGGCGGACCGGAGGCAGGAGGCCAGCUGUGCACAGGACCCAUCGCCCGCCACCCUCAGGAGCCCAGGAGCCAGACCAUGGCAGGGAGGUCGGUCAAGAAGCACGGGGUGACCACGCGGCAGCUGGUGGACGAGGUCCCCGAGGGGUGCAGCCUGCCCGACUUCGAGCAGAAGCCGGUCACCAUGGCGCUGGCCGAGGGGAGAAACGCCAUCCUGCGGGCCGUGGUCUGCGGGGAGCCCGCGCCCCAGGUGCGCUGGCAGAGCAGCCAGGGGGACCUCAGCAACUCCAGCAAGUACCAGCUGCUCUCCGCCCCGGGCAGCAGGGAGCACGCGCUGCAGAUCAACAAGCUGACAGGCGAGGACACGGACAAGUACUACUGCGUCGCCGUGAACCCGUACGGAGAGGCCGUGUGCUCCGCACGGCUCACCGUCAUCGAAGUUGGCUUUCGGAAGAAGCGGAAGAGGAACACGGAACCCCAGGAGGAUCUCAGUAAGGAGCUGAUGGACUUGCGGAGGACGCUGAGGAAGAGCGCCCCGCCUCCCAAGAAGAAGAUGGACCCCGAGCAGGUGUGGCAGCUGCUGAUGUCGGCGGACCGGAAGGACUAUGAGCGGCUGUGCAUCCAGUACGGCAUCGCGGACUUCCGCGGCAUGCUGCGCAAGCUGGAGAAGAUGCGCCGGGAGCGCGACGACCGGAUGGCGCAGUACGUCAACGCCGUCUCCAACACGAAACAGAUGAAGGUCACCAAGGAGGGGGUGGCGUUCUUUGAACUGGACCUGGACCUCAAGGACCCCGAGAGCAAUGUCUACCUGUACAAGGACGGGGAGAUGGUCCCCUACAGCUCCGAGAGCCACGCCAAGCGCAGCGUGCGGCGGCUGGGCAAACACUACCACUUCCAGAUCCAGGACCUGUGGCCGGAGGACGCCGGCCUCUACCAGGUCAAGGUGGAGGACGCGGAGGUCUUCUCCACGGAGCUGGAGGCCAGCGCCAUCCCGCCCCGUGUGCUGGUCCCGCUGUCCGAGGCCCGCUGCGAGGAGCGGGGCGACGCCGUCUUUGCGUGCACGCUGUCCAACCCCUGCCCCCAGGCCGCCUGGCACUUCAAGCACCAGCCGCUGCAGCCCAGCGACAAGUACGAGGCGUCCGUGUCCCCCGACGGGCUGACCCACCAGCUGGUGGUGAGGGGGGCCCGGCUCUCCGACAUGGGCCCCUACUCCCUGGACACCGGGCUCCACGUUUCCAGCGCCUGGCUGGUGGUUGAAACUGGGCAGGAUCAAGGCCCUCUGACCACCAGUGCUGACCACCAAGCUCAGGGCAGGAGAGGUGGCGCGGAGGGCAGGCCGGGCGGCGGGGGCCACGGGCAGGACGCCCCCCGGAGCCCGCGAGGCAGACACAAGAUCGGCACCGGCUGCUUCUGCGAAGAAGCCCGAGCCCCCCAGGGCCACUUCUCCCGGGAGCUGGCUGACACGGUAGCGCGGCUGGGGGAGGCCGCCACCCUCUCCUGUACCCUCAGCCGGGACCUGGGACCGGGCGCCUGGUUUAAGGAUGGAGUCCAGCUCAGCGUCCAGGAUGGACUCGUCUUCAAGCAGGAGGGCCUGGUGCGCAGGCUGCUCAUUGCCCACGCGCAGGGCACCCACGCCGGGAGGUACAGCUUCGUGGCCGGCGACCAGAAGAGCGAGGCCACCCUGACCGUCCGAGAUCCGCCCGUCAUCGCUCCGGACGUGAUGGAGAGGCUGCAGGAGCCGCUGGUGGUCAAGGCGGGGAAGCCGCUGAGCGUGAAGAUCGCCUUCGAGAGCCGCCUCCCGGUGCAGGCGGCCUGGACCAAGGACGGGGCCGCGGUGGACGGCACGGGGGGCCGAGGGGCGCAGGUGGCCCUGGGCGACGGCUUCGCGCGGCUGUGCCUCCCCAGCGCCAGCAGGAGGGACAGCGGCCAGUACAGCGUGACGCUGCGCAGCCAGGGCGGCUCCGUGCAGGCCGGGCUCACCCUGCACGUCAUAGACAAGGCCCAGCCGCCCCAGGGCCCCCUGGAGGUGCAGGACUGCCGGGGGGCUGGCGUCUGCCUCCGCUGGGGGCCCCCCCGGGACGACGGGGGCCGGGCCGUGGAGCACUACGUGGUGGAGCGGCGGCAGGCCGGCCGGAGCACGUGGCUGAAGGUGGGCGAGCCCCCCGCCGACGCCACCAGCUUCACGGACGGGCAGGUGGAGCAGGGCAGGAAGUACGCCUUCCGCGUGCGGGCGGUGACCUCGGAGGGGCCCGGCGAGGCCCUGGAGUCGGAGGAGGUGCUGGUGGCCCCCGAGGCGCGCCCCGGGCCCCCCUCGGCCCCCGCCAUCCUGUCCGCCUCCAGCCAGAGCAUCACCCUGAGCUGGACGGCGCCCCGAGGCCCCGGCAGCGCCCACCUCCUGGGCUACCUGGUCGACAAGCGCAAGAAGGGAAGCAACACGUGGGCGGCCGUGACCGAGCAGCCGGUGCCUGAGCGGAGGUGGACCGUGUCGGACCUGCGGCCCGACUGCCAGUACGAGUUCCGGGUCACGGCCGUGGCUCCCUCCGGCCCCGGGCAGCCUGGGCCCCCCUCGGACCCCGUCUUCGCUCGGGACCCCAUGAGACCCCCCGGGCCCGUGAGGGACCUGCAGGUCACGGACACGUCGCACACCAGCAUCAGCCUGCGCUGGGCCCCGCCGGACACGCAGGACGCGGACGAGGCGCAGGGAUACGUGGUGGAGCUGUGCCCCUCGGACAGCCUGGAGUGGGCCCCGUGCCACGCGGGCACCGUGCCCGGCACCUCCUACACGGCCAAGGGGCUGCGGCCGCGGGAGGGCUACUACGUGCGGGUCGUCGCCGUGAACGACGGGGGCCGCGGCCAGCCCGCCGCCCUGGACGUGGUGGUGCAGGCCACGCCCGCCCAAGUCAGUCCCAGGUUCCUCGUGGACUCCGGCGCCACGGACACCCUGGUGGUCCGAGUGGGGGACACCAUCCGUGUGCCCGUUCGCUUCGAGGCGGCCCCGCUGCCCGAGGUGACCUGGCUGAAGGACGGCCUGCCGCUGUCGCCACGGAGCGUGACGUCCACCAAGGACGGCCUCACCCAGCUCCUGGUGCCCGUGGCCGGCCUCUCGGACAGCGGCCUCUACUGCGUGGUGCUGAGGGGCCCACAGGGGCAGGAGGCCACCCACACCUUCGCCCUCCGGGUGGCAGCGAGGCCGCAGGCGCCGGGGCCCGUCCACCUGCAGGAGAACGUGCCGGGGACGGUGACGGCCGAGUGGGAGCCGUCGCCGGACGAGGCCCGGGGCGUCCCGCUGCACUACGCGGUGCUGAUGCGCUCCGCCGCCCACGGGCCCUGGCGCGAGGUGGCCGACCGCGUGCACACCACCCGCUUCACCUUCCUGGGCGUCGUCCCCGGCCACGAGUACCACUUCCGCGUGGUGGCCAAGAACGAGCUGGGCGCCAGCGAGCCCUCGGACGCCGGCCAGCCCUGGUGCCUCCCUCGGUUGCGAGACAAGGUCCCGGCAAAGCCGGCCAGCUACCGGGAGCCGGACCGCAGCCAGAAGCCCUGGUUCCUGGUGGGCCUGCGCUCGCACCUGCUCCCCGCGGGCUGCGAGUGCUGCAUGAGCUGCGCCGUGCGGGGCUGCCCGCCGCCCCGCGUCACCUGGUUCAGGAACGGCGAGAGCCUGGAGGGCCGCCGCGGCGCGUACAGCACCGACACGCUGGGCGUGUGCUCCCUGGUCAUCCCGGGCGUGGGCCCUGAGGACAGCGGCCUGUACAAGGCGGUGGCCGAGAACGCGCUGGGCCAGGCCGUCAGCACGGCCACCCUCCUCGUCACAGAUCCCAGCUCCUAGCCCGCCUCGCCCUCGAUGGCCCUGCCCGGCCACCCAGCCACGGAGGAGGACAGAGGCCUGCCCGCCACGCCGGCCGGGGAGCCAGUCCUGAGGGUCGGACGGAGGAGGAUGGCACCGGAGCCCAGGGGGGCUUCUGGGAGGCUCCCCCAGGAAAGAGGAGGAACGGGGACACCCAGCCUCCAGCCCCACCCACAGGCUGACCGACAGGCUGACCACGAACUCCCCCUUCCCCCUGCUGCUUCCUUCUCCCCCUGAGGGCACCCCAGGGGAGCCGCCUGCAGGGGGGAGGCCGGGCCCUGGGAGGGAAGAGCUGGGCCGCUGCGACCCCAGGGAGGGGACAGGAAGGAGGUCCCAGGUCCUGGGUGGGCACAGGGCCCGGAGGACACGUGGGGGGCUGGGGGGGCUGCUGUCUGUGCUUUAACUCAUU